ACUAUUCUCCAUGCAGUCGGUUGCAUUUUUUUUAGCAGGUUUGCAUGACUCUCCUGCCGCCUCUCCACCCGUCUCCACAGCCGGAAGUCUGUCAGGAUGGUCUAUUGGUUUUUUUCUCAUCGCUUCAGUUUUUUUUAUUCUUUUUUUUUUUUUCGCUUGUUAUUUUUUUCCCAAACCAGGAGGGCACUAAAGGCACACUGUGCUGUCUGCUAGCUAACUGUAUGUUAAUCAGUACGGCGGGCCUGAUUACAAGAUAAAUGAUGGAAGAGUCUCAUUUUAAUUCAUCGUAUUUCUGGUCUCCCAUCCCCACUGUGCCAGGACAGAUUGAGAAUGCCAUGUUCCUGAACAAGGUGAAAGAGCAACAGGAAAAGAGUGCUUCCUUUCCUCCUUCCUCUGCAUCCCACUAUCAAACAGCUCUUCUCACCAUCCCCACCUCUGGGACAAAGACAGAUGGAGGAGGGCAGGCUGGUAGUGUGGCACAACUCCACCCUCCUCACAGCUCCCAGAACCUGCUGCCUGUGCCGUCCACAGGCAUCAUGACAGCAGCGGGUCUGGUCAUCACAACCCCUCAGGGAACACUUGUCUCUCCCACCUCCUCUCAGUCAUUUGUCUCUGGUCAUCCAGCCACGACCAUGAUUGUUUCGGCACUCCAUCCUCCAGACAAAAAAGAUGUGGACGGUGCGUCUCAUGUAGUUGUGAUGCCGGCACCCUCCAAACGAGGCAGGAAAAAGAAGACAACAGUGUCCAGUGUUGGUCCUGUGGGACAUGGAAAUGAAGCCUUGAUACUGGCUCAUCUGACAGCUGGUGGUCAGGUGACAACUUUGCAGCAACACACUAGAGACCCCUAUGUCCUGUCAAAUGAAGAGGUCCAUGGCCCAAAAGAUACCACAAAGACAUACAGGUGCCGGAUGUGUGCGGCGACCUUCCUCAGUAAGUCUGACAUGCAGAUCCACUCCAAGUCGCACACAGAGGCCAAACCUCACAAGUGUCCCCACUGCGCCAAGUCAUUCGCCAACUCCAGCUACCUGGCCCAGCACAUCCGCAUCCACAGCGGGGCCAAGCCUUACUCCUGCUCCUACUGCCAGAAAUCUUUCAGGCAGCUCAGUCAUUUACAGCAGCACACACGGAACCACACAGAGUCGAAGCCUCACAAGUGUCCCCAUUGUACCAAGUCAUUUGCCAACUCCAGCUAUCUGGCCCAACAUGUCCGCAUCCACACCGGAGUGAAACCCUACACCUGCUCCUACUGCCAGAAGAGCUUCAGACAACUUAGUCACCUUCAACAGCACAACAGGAUUCACACCGGAGAUCGGCCAUACAAGUGUACCCAUCCUGGUUGUGAGAAAUCCUUCACUCAACUUUCAAAUUUGCAGUCCCACCGGCGUCAGCACAACAAGGACAAGCCCUACAAGUGCCCUAACUGCAAUAAAGGAUAUAUAGAUGCAGCAAGCUUGGAGGUGCACAUGUCUACACACACAGUCAAACAUGCGAGGAUCUACUCGUGUGGUCUCUGCAACCGCACUUAUACCUCAGAGACGUAUCUGGUGAAACACAUGGAGAAACACAAUCCAGACCAGUUGACUGCAUCAGCAGUUGCGGCAGGGCAGUCGGCACAACAGAACCAAAGCCAGGGCCAGGCUGGAACUCAGAGCCAGGUAGAGAGUGCAGAUGGAGGGUCAAGCCGUCCUGGUGGAGUUGGGAGCGGAGGAGCAAGCGGAGGCCAGCAGGGGCAAAGCCAGAGCAGCUACCCCCAGACAGAAACCAUCUCCUGUCCAUUUGAGCUGCACCAGUAUAAGACAAUGGCUGCCAGUGACAUCCAGUACAAACCAGUCACUGUAGCGGACAUUACUUCCAACAAGGACCUCUGUCUCACUGUGUCAGCAUCCACCAUUCAAGUAGAGCACCUCAACCCUUAGAGGUGAUGACAGAAGGGAGUUUGAGGGCUGGAGAUGUUAAAAUUAAUUCAAGAAAUGGAGGAUGGAGUGUCAAAGAAUAAAAGCAAUACUAGGUUGAUACAAGGACUUUGGAACACCCAAAUGAGUGUGCCGAAAUGAUGGUUUGAGACAGACAAGGACAAGGGAUAUGGGGACACAGUAUACUGAAGGCCGCAAUUUUGUUUUAUCUUUUUGUCUUUCUUUCCUUCUGCCACGUUUGAUUUGUUUCCCCGUUUGCUUAGUUGUCCUGUCUGAGUAGAGAGUGCAUGUAAAGGCUGCAAUAAAGUAUGUUUCAGUCCAUCAUGGUGAUGGUUUUAUGAUAGAGGAGAGAAACAAAGAGACUGUGCUUCUCUCUAUUGUUGUUUUAUCACCUACUGCUCUUCCCUACAAAUACAGCUUUGGCCACAACAAUUCAUAGCCUGUGUUGAUGAAAUUAGUAGCUGAGUGUGAAGGUAAAUUUUUAUACUUUCAUACAGAGACUGUCAGUUUUUACAUCAGCAUUAAUACUUCUACUGUACUGUUGUAAAAUACAUGACCACAGUUCAUUCUUUUUAACCCUAAAAGGGACGUAGAGGUUAUUUCCUUUUCAGGAAAGAAAAAUAUAAAUCAAGUAUAUAUAAAUAUAUACUACCAGUUCAUAAAGUAUGAUUGUGUGCUUAAAGGAUGUGGCAAUUCAUAUAAUCUACCCCUUUUGCAGGCUGGCCUACACAUGACCUUCAGGGUUGUGAUGAGCCGGGUAACGUUUCAUGUAAUCCUACUGUACUGCUUCGUGUCUAUGUCCUGACAAGUAAUGUUAUCCAAAUGUGUUCCUGCUCUUAUACUUCCACAAUGACAAUGUUUAUAAUACUUCUUUAUAGACAUACUGACACAUCUGAAAUUUUUGUUUUUUGGCUUACAAUAAACUAUAUGAAAUGUU